CGGCGGGGGGCGAAGGUGAGGACCGGAACGCGGAGGGCGGGCGCUGCUCGCGGCGCCGGGCCGCGUUCCUCGUCCGCGGCCGCCCUGCCACCCAGCCCGCGUGCCCGCCGGCGGGAGCUCGGGGGCACCGGGCGGCGGCGCGGCUGCUGGAGGCGGCUGGCUGGAUGCGAGACCUGCGCGGACCCGGCGGCGGACGGCGGCUCUCGACUCGGGGAAGCCGAACGCUCCGGCCAUGGCCUCCAACUUUAACGACAUAGUCAAGCAGGGCUACGUGAAAAUCCGCAGCAGGAAGCUGGGGAUUUUCAGACGAUGCUGGUUAGUUUUCAAGAAGGCUUCUAGUAAAGGACCCAGAAGGCUAGAAAAAUUUCCAGAUGAAAAGGCAGCAUAUUUCAGAAACUUUCAUAAGGUAACUGAACUGCACAACAUCAAAAAUAUAACGAGACUGCCUCGAGAGACAAAGAAGCACGCGGUGGCAAUUAUCUUUCACGAUGAAACGUCAAAGACCUUUGCCUGUGAGUCAGAGCUGGAGGCUGAGGAGUGGUGCAAACAUCUCUGCAUGGAGUGUCUGGGGACCAGACUGAACGACAUCAGCCUUGGGGAGCCGGAUCUCCUGGCGGCAGGAGUGCAGCGGGAACAGAAUGAGCGAUUCAAUGUGUAUCUGAUGCCUACACCAAAUCUGGAUAUUUAUGGCGAAUGCACAAUGCAGAUCACUCAUGAGAAUAUCUAUCUCUGGGAUAUCCACAAUGCCAAGGUCAAACUGGUGAUGUGGCCUCUCAGCUCACUGAGGAGAUAUGGGCGGGACUCAACGUGGUUCACGUUUGAGUCAGGAAGAAUGUGUGACACAGGAGAAGGACUAUUCACUUUUCAAACAAGGGAAGGAGAAAUGAUCUAUCAGAAGGUGCAUUCUGCGACACUGGCCAUAGCUGAGCAACAUGAAAGAUUAAUGCUAGAAAUGGAGCAGAAGGCCCGGCUUCAGACAAGCUUGACUGAACCGAUGACAUUAUCCAAAUCAAUCUCUCUUCCUCGUAGUGCAUACUGGCACCACAUCACUCGUCAGAACAGCGUGGGAGAAAUCUACAGUUUGCAAGGUCACGGGUUUGGUUCAUCAAAGAUGUCGCGCGCACAGACCUUUCCCAGCUACACCUCAGAGCAGAACGAAGAGACACAGCAGUCCUUAUCUCGGUCGAGCAGCUAUGGAUUCAGCUACAGCUCCAGCCUCAUUCAAUGACACACAGAGAGCCACUGCUGACCAGAGAGACUGUCUGUCCCGGACCUGCUUGUAGGGUCAUUGCACCCUCUGCCUCCUGGAAGACCACUUGCAGUAAAAAAUUGAAAUGGGUUGGCUCGAGCCCCGAUCCCAGUGGAAGGUUAAAAACUGGAGUUCUGCUCCCUUGAUUCUGUGGCUAAGUCCUUUAUUUAUUGAAUUUCUGGGGGGAAUCUGUGUUUUACAAAAAUAGAAUCCAAAUCGUAUGAACAGUUAUUUAAAUAAAAUUCUUUGGGUCUGACAGUGGCAGAAGCCUGGGCACUGAAAGAAGUUGCCUAUACUGGGUUGAAGCUGGGUGGUGGGUGGUACCCUGCCCUCACGGCUCAGCUCUCCCAUCUGAUGACAGGAGGUAUGUCCUUGGACAUAAUGCUGACCCACCACAAGCUACGUGGCUUGGAAGGUUUUGACAGGGACAAAGCCAGUAAACUCUAUAAAUGACAUCAUAACUCUCCAUAUAAAUAAGCCCAGUGACAAUUAAGGGAACACAACAUUUAGAACACACUAUUAAGCAGGGCCUUGUAGCUCUACUGUGUGUGUGUAUGUGUGUGUGUGUGUAUGUGUGUGUGUCUGUAGACAAAUAUAGACAUGGAUAUUGCCAUAUCCAUCUAUAUCCAACAAGUAUAUAUCAAAUGUGUGCUGAGGGUGACAGGAUAUGCUCACUUAAAUUGUUGAAAACUGUCAUUUGGUGCAUUACAAUUAAGAUUGUUAUGUUGAAUAGCUAUUUUUAAAAUAGUGCUGUAAAAAAAGGCUUCUUAUUAGUAACAGUAUUUAUGUAGUCCAGUCUGCUCCUAUGACAAGUGCAAGUGAAAAUGUGAAAGGAGGGAAUGCUUUGGAAGCAAAGGAACUGGUCUAGUGUCAUACACGUCAUGUCACCGUGCUGUCUUUCUGAUUAGUAUCCCUUGUUGUCCCAACGUUUCUCCCUUUGGCCAUCCCUCUGAGCUACGCGGGGAAGAUUGGGUGUUAUCACCGAUCAGCUUCCAUUUAACCUAGAGAAAAAGUGAACUCUAAAUGAGAACCUGUUUAAGAAAGAGAUAAAAAUACAUUUAAAAACAACUCAGCUAUUUUGCAGUCAGGAGAAGAACAAUAGGCAAAGGAUUGUAGAUAUCAAUUAUUUAAGAUUUCGUGGAUGCUGUUCUCAGAAAGUCAUCAGGGGCUUGUUUACUGUGUAACCAGAAUUUGCUGGGCUUUACCUUCCUUUUACUGGACAUGAGUUGGCAGGGAUUAUAAAAGAAAAUGGAUCAAAUAUAAUUUUUUUCAUCUCUGACAUUAAUGACAAACCUACAAGGUUUAAAGGGAAGUGGUGAUUUCCAUGUGAACUGAGGAAGUUUGGCUAAUUUCGCUCAACAAAGAUAUUUCUGUCCUUAAUUUUGGAGUUCACUUGAGUAAAAAUAAAGAUUAUUCUGCCUGAGUUAUCUGAUGUCACAUGCCUAAGAUGGAUAGCCAUCAACUACUCCAUGGUGAUUUCAAGACCAGUGAGCCAAGUCAUGUAAGAUGAAAGCCUGACUUAUUUUAAUAGCAAAAUUUUUUAUACUAUCAAAGAUAGUCUGUUGAAAAGGUACCAGUUUUGCUGAUCUGUGAUAAGUAUUUUUUUCAUCCCUAUCCAUAGCUUGAAUGCAGAUUGACAAUUCAUUUCAGAGAACAACUACUGAAUAAAAAUGGUUCUAGAUCCCUCCUUGAUAAAUUUGCACUUAUAGCAACUACCUAGACUCUCUGAAUCUCAGAUAAGUGUGAAAACCCCAUCAAGAUGCUAAUCAUAAGAGUUAAUGUGGCUGUGAAAAAUAAUUAUCCUAGGCUUUCAGGGAUAAAAAGAAAAUUACUCAAACUCUCUGCACUGUGAAUUUUGCUGACACUGCGGAAGAGCAGAUGACUGGUUCCUGACAAUGAUACAGCCCUCCCUGAAAUCCCAGUUUUCAGGGUUAAACACCUCUGAAUCACUUUAGUGCAUGGCAUUUGCUUUUGAAAUGCCGUUAGUAAAACACACCAGAGCAACUCCCAGCUGAGACCAUUUGAGCACAGCUCCUAGUGAUGCCGCAUUCAGAGCAAGCCUCUCCUGUCUCACUCAGUCGAGCUGUUGCUUAGAGACCACAAGUUUCUACAAGGGACUUAUGGGGAAAAGUCCUCAAGGGUCCUGGUUCAUUUCUCAGCUUUUUUAACGUGCCAGAAGCACAGACAGCGAGUCCAGGGGGGAUUCUGCUAAUUAGAUGAGUCUGCUCUUGUGUCUAUUUGGUGGGAGACACAAUCCCUGCAUGAAGUUGCUUCAAGAACACCAUUUGCUUGUGAUCAUUACCAGUGGGCAUAACUGAGGGGAUACCAGAAAUCAGGCAUAACCUUGGGCCAGUUCAUUCUGAAAAUGAUGUCAUAAAAGGAGUGUGUGAGAGAGUAAUUUCCUUCCCAAGUCUUUGGCCCAAGCUCAUCACAAUGAGAAUGAUGCUAUAAAAUAUCUAAUGGUACAUUUUGAAGAUUUAUUCCAGCAUACUCCUCCAACUAUAGUUAAAAUUGUAGUUAACUCAAAUUGCUAAAUGAACAAAUAGGAGAAUUUAUAUUAACCUAAUAAACUUGACAUAGGCAGCACGCAUUGUAAUAAAAAUGACAAGCAGACAUAUCUUCUACAAAAACCAAAGACAAAAAGUUACUGUACCAGUCUCCUGGAACGUCAUAAAAUUACUUCCAGGAGAGCAAUUAGAGUGGUCAUGGACAUGUAUUCAACUCACUGGAGCUCGUAGGUUUUUGACUGAAGAUGCCUCUACACUUUGCAAGUCAUUUUUCUCCCUUCAGAAAUUUUUAUACUUUAAUAUACAGGUGACUUUUUCAUUGUGAGGGAGGGAUUGCUGUGAACCAAAGACAUCUUUUGGCUCCUUCUGAAAGUGACUCAGUUGGGGUUCCAUCCCGAUUUUUAGACAGGUGAAUGAAGAUGGUCACAGUUUCCAUAUUGGUUUGGAAGAGAGCAAUGAUGAAGGAGCUCAACACAAGUAAUAGAGGCUCUUCUGAGGACAGAGAAGCUUGGAGGAUGUACACAUUUCACAGAUCCAUUAUAUGAGGGCAUUUAUAUCUUAUGUCCCCAGUCUUUUCUUCUGAUGAUAUUAACUGCUAUAUACAUGACCAACACAUAAUAUUAUAUUUAAAAUGCAGAAAAGUACAAAGUAACUUUGACCAAUAGUUUACUAUUCUGGUGGAGGAAAAAAGAAAACACGUCUUUCGCUUAUUAAUUGAAUGAAUAAUAGACACUCACAACUAAUUUAUUUAUGCAGGUUGCAAAUAUUUAUGAGUCAAUAGGUUCUGACCACUGCCACAAUUUGAACUUAAAGAAAUAAGAAGUAUAUAUUUACUUAUGUAUUAAGAAAGAUGCUGUUUGAUAAAGCAUGUGAUAUAAAGUGAAACAUAUUUAUUAAAAGUAAACCUCACAUUUUCACCAAAUGGUAACUAGAGUACCAGUCCUAGUAUCUUGUACAAUUUUUCUCUGUCUUCAUUGGGCAAUUUUAUGUUCGAGAAACCUUUGCCACCUGUAAUAUGGCCAACCACUUACACUUUCUGUCCAAUAUAGAAACAGUAGACUAACAAUUUUACACUAUUAGUAGUUUCUACAAAUCCAAUUUAUUGCAUGUGGUAUCUUUAACAUAAAUAUUUUUAAAAAAUCAUAAAAAUUGAUGUCCACCCCUCAUUCUUUGGCCCGUAUCUCAGAGAACUUUGUAAAAAAGCAUGAGUACCUUACUGCCUAGAUUAUUGGAGCCACUUACUAAAAUCGACCAAUAAUGCUACAGUGAAAACUAGCUAAACAAAUAAUAUUCUUAUAAAAAAUUAUAGUCCAGUUUUGAUUAUUAUACUACAGCACAAUAAACGGACUAUAUAUAUUCAAUGAGGCCAAGCUUUAAGCCUUUAACACUUCAUGUUUUAUAAUAAAUAUUAUACUACAAACUGCUCAAAGUGAAAAUUACACAUUUUUCUCCAAUUUCAUUAGCAAUGUCUAUCAAUAUCUUGCAAUUUCAAAUUACUUUAUCAAUCAUUAUUGAUACUUUGUAAUCCCUGAACUUGACCUCAAAAUAGAUAAAAAUUUGCUACUAGCUAUUCAUUAAAAUUAUAAUAAUAGGUCGUAUGCCACCCAAAUGAAUUUCUAGCCUGUGAAAUUUAUGGAGUGCAAUUUCCCAUGGAGUUUCACUUAGUGCUAGGUAUGCAAUUGAAAGAAGACAUCAGUUGUAUCAUGUUUUGAAGUUACCACAGAAAGACAACACAUAACAACACAUAACCAACAAGUAUGCAUUCCUGGAUUUAGUGAAAAUUACUGAAUACAAAACAAUCUGUAACAAAAUCCCCUCUCCAGUAACAUGAGGAUCAUUUUUGUAUGGUCAACCUCAUGUGAGUUUCAACAUGAAGAUAUGUUAUCAGUGAAACUGGCUGGAGGCUAAAUAUGUCAGAAGAGGUCAACAGCCCCAUAUGUGCAUUCUCUAGAAAUGUAUUUGAAAGAGUAAUCCACCUUUUUCUCCCUGAAACUACCACAAAUCUCUACUUUCUUAUUCUAGAAUGUGAAUCUUUGUUGUAUCAUUUCUACAGUUGUGACAAGUAGAUAAGGCAUUAGAUAGUUUAUAGACUCUUGUGGAAGUGUUAUGAGAUGUUGGGCACAUUUUUUAGAUAGGAAGAAUGCUUGCUAGCUCUGGAUGCAAUCUUAAAGGUCAUGUAGGAUAAAGGUCCCACUUUAUGUUCCACCCAGGAGAAAACCAAAACCCAUGGAUGCUGUAGUUUAUUCAAAGGCAAAGAAAUGGUUAGGAAUAGUUUGGCCUAGUUCCAGGCUUCUGGUUCAGGGAUGUUUCCUUGGCUCAUCCGGUCUCCCAGUGAGGUGUAGUGGGAGUUGAGAAUGCCACAUGGCCUGUGAGUAAAUAGGCUCUUGAGCAUUUCAGUGUUUCCCAUGUUUUUCAGAGUCUCCUACUCUUCCUGGACUCGUCACCAACGUAUAAAUAGAGAGGCUUCAUGGGUCAAUUCUUUAGACUUGUUGUAGGUCAUGAAUGAUUGGGAUAAGUUUUAUUACUCUUACAUUGUCAUCCAGUUCUUUGUUGGAAAUUCAGACAUAUUUAUCCUAAAGUGAUAGUCAAACUAAAAAUAAAUAAAUAAAUAGGUGUACGUGUUUUGUAUUCCAUAAUUCACCAUAUUGUAAUUGAGAUUAUUAUUUGGGGGAUUCUGUAGCACUUUGUUUAAUCACUUAUGGCGUUUGUCACAACUUCGUUAGAUCAUGAACAACAUCAGGACUACAUUUUUUCAUGUGAACUUCACAAAGCUUCCAUUUUCAAUUGAAAUAUGGGGAAUGAGUUUUUUUGCAUUAAAAUAUCUUACACAUCAAGUCAAUUAUUUAAAUUAACUGAAGUUUAUAUAAAUAAGAAAUAAUUUAAAAUUACAAAAUAACAGAAAACUACAUUUUACUUGUGAUUUUCAUACACUUUUCCCUAGUUUGAGAUUUUAAUAUCUUGUAAACAGUUAAAAGAGAGGAAAAAUGCAAUUGUGAUAGAAACAUCAACUUCCUUCUAAUAAUUCUGUUUAAUAAGUUUUUCUUUUACCUCAUCUUCUAUGCCUGCUACCCUAGUCCAUAUUGCAUAUUCUGGUUUUAAGAAGAAUGAAUGGAUUUAAAUUUUCUAAGAGUUAUUUUGGGCUAGUUUUAGUAGUUAAUACACUUAACUUCCUCAACCUGUUCCCUGGUUUUAGGAUGAUUUUAGACUUAAAUAGAGCAUAAAAUCAACCCUUUUUGUAGACACAGAAUUGUGCAUCGAAUGGAGCAGGGUAUCUACCCUAAAAUGGUAAUUGUGUUUAUGUUGGAAUCUUAUUGCUAUCUUAAUUCACUCAAGAGACCCACAGCCUCAUAAGAGGUGCUUACUUUCAGAAAUCCAAACUUUAAAAGCCCAAAUUCAGGAAAAGAAAAAGAUUGAGAUGAUUUAAAUUUUUUUUAAAAGUCACUACAGGAUUUCACUCAAAAACAUCAUGAGAGGGUUUUAUGGUGUUCCAGUCUCAUUAGCUAUUUGACAGAUGGGCUGAAAGUCAAGGAAAAUAAAGAAUAAAAUGAUAGGAGUAUCUUGAUACUAAAUAUGAAUCAAAAAUUAACAUGAUGUAGGUCAAUAUGAAAUAAUUUGAUUACUCACAUUCAUAUUUGCAUAUCUAUUGCAUAAUUCAAGGAACAAUGCUUAUUCUUAUCAAAAGUAUAUAUAUAUAUAUAUAUCAAUGGGUGGAGUAGGGGGAAUGGAGCUCCAAAUUUUUGUGAAGACCUGAAAUAGAGAAUAGAGAUUCUUUCCAGUGUUGACAGUUUCUAUUAUUUUAGCUAUAGCAGGCGAUAUAUAAAUCACAGCAACCAAUCAGUCUACUCUAUUCAAAGAAUGAGCAUGAACACCAGCAUCAUCUUUACUACAGAGGACAAGAGACCUCCCAGGACCUGCAGAGGCUCCCUCGUACCCUCUCCACACAAACCCUAACACACGCGUGCACACACACACACACACACAUUUUUGACUUUUGACCUAGUUUAUAUGUUAUAGUUAUCAUUUUCUUAGGGCCACACAGAAUUAUCCCAUCUUGUAAAGUGCUUAUCCCAAUGAAUCUUCAAAAUAUAUUAAAUUAUGUGUUAUAUGUUUGCUUUCUGUAAAUUCUUUUAAAUUAACUUAUAUAUACUUUGUGAAAUCUUAUACUGUACAUUAUAAAGGGAUGUCAUUUGUUGAUUAAAUAUAAUGUUUAUGAUCACUUUGAUAAAAAUAACUUUGGACGCUAGGCCCUUGUUCAGAAAUAAAAUACCCAUUACAAAUUUGCUUCUAUUAGAAAAUAAAUGAGUUGACAUAUUUUAUUUUUAAUCACAAUCUAUUCCAGAUAAAUAAUAUUUUGGGGACAUCUGUACUUAAAUACUAGUUAAGCCACCUUUUGGAAUGGAAUGCAAAGGGAUAACUGUCCCUGGAACCUAAAUGUGAAUUUCUGACCGAACAGAAAAUAUUAUAAUAAUGAGGCAAUAAUAAAAUUAGGAAAUUAAAUUAUUUGUAAAUCUGUCUGUGUGAUUUUCCCCUUGGUAAAAAUACACGAAAUACCUCAAGAAUGAUGUUCUUCUGAAUUUGUAGUUUCUACAUCUCAGUACUAAACUAUUGUUGUUAAUGUUUUACUUGUAAUCUAAGAAAUUUACAAGUGAUAUUGCUGCAAGGAGGUUAAUUUCUAGUUGUGCAAUAUUAAAAUUUCCUCUAUCACUUAAAGAAACGCAAAGCAGCUCAAAAAUGCCACUUUACACCACAACUUUGCAUGAUUGAGAUUUUGAACAUCUAAAAUGAUGGUUUUUGCCCACGAGUUAUUUAAUAUUGUUAGCACUGUAAUAUUAUAUGAUUUCCUUACAUUUUUGUUAUCCUGUGAUGACCUGUAACUAUGUAAUUAAACAGAAUUCUGACAAUCCUAUUCUACUAACCUUUAAAAUGUCUCUUAUUCCUUACUCAUUGGCUUGCUAUUUUCAAAAUAAAGUAAAAGAAGGCCCUUUAUUAAAUGUAAUUUUACUGACAA